AAGACCCGGAGGAGGAGGGGGCAUCGUGACGGCGUGAUGACGGCAGUGACGUCACCCAGGCGGUUUCUGUGAAGGGACGGGACCCGUCGCUUCAUUCAGGAGCAGCGCGAGCGCAGAGGAGGACCACGCGCAGCUUCACAGGAUCAGUGAGUCAAACCAUCAGAGGAGAAGGAAACGAGGCGACCGUCACUAUAUAUGUUUUGAGGAAACUGCGGCUGAGUGACCCGUUUGUCUCAGAAAACUGAUCCGUCCUGGAUUUAUCAAAAAACUUUCCAGUUACACCAGAGAAGCAAAAGAAGAAGAAGACGAAGACGAAGAAGACUGGACAUUAAAUGAAGACGUGCAGCAGCUCAUGUGAGCAAACUCACUCAGACGAGCUUUACAGGAGAAACAGCAGCAGAUAGUGAUGCUGCAGAAACAGGAACUUCUCUGGCUGUGAGGUAAAGAGCCGCAGUGACAGAAAGAGGAACAGCAAAGACUUUACACUGAGAUCGGUUAUUUCUGAAGGAUGUUUAAUGUUAGCUCUUCCUCCAUCUCUAGAAUUCACUAUUAGCUCUGAAACCGGCAGGUUCUCUCUCUGAUUCUUCGCUCAAUAUGAAAGUAAAGAACCUUAAAAACCAGUGACAAGGCAACUUUAUUUUAUAGCACCUUCCAGCCAAAGACACUCAAACUACUGAUAAAAAGACAUUAAAAAGAGACAUUAAGAAAAACAAACUGAUUAAGAUUUUCAAUAAGUGGAAGCGUAUAAAUAUUGAAAUAUUGAAGACGAGAGAACCGAGGACUGAACCUUGGGGAACUCCACGGAUAAUUUUAUUCAGCUAUGGUUCCAUCAGACAGGCGGGGUUUCAGAUUUAAAACUUUCCUGUUUUCUCUCCAGAUGUUGACCCCAUGCUGUGAUGGCUGACCUUAGCCUGCGGUCGGUCUGAUCGCCGUUGAUCCGGUCGCCUUCUGGUUGGGCAGCGAAUUCUGGAGACGCCAACCCUGGGAUCGGCUUUCUUCCUACAGACUCUGUUCCUGAUUGGCCAGUUGUCUGAAGAGACCCUUGGAUUUGAUUGGCUACCAUGCUGAACGUCACAGGCGGGUUCUCGGUGAACCAGAGCUCAGUCAGCUGUGAGAGGCCGUACGGCGACGACCGGCUGCCGCUGCUGGUUCUCUACAUCGUCGUUCUGGUCGUCGGUCUUCCCGCCAACGUGUUGACUCUCUUCCUCACCUGGCAGCAGGUGCGCAGGAAGAACGUUCUUGGUGUCUACCUGUGGAGCCUGUCGUUGUGCGACCUGACCUACCUGUUCACGCUGCCGCUCUGGGCGGACUACGUCAACAACGGUCACGAAUGGCGAUGGAGCUCGACGGUCUGCAAGCUGACGGGCUACAUCUUCUUCACCAACAUGUACAUCAGCAUCUUCCUGCUGUGCUGCAUCUCCUGUGACCGGUACUGGGCGGUGGCCUACAGCCUGGAGUCCCGCGGUCAGCGGCGGCUGUGCCACGCUGUGGUCAUCACGGUGGUCAUCGUCCUGGUGGUGGCCUUGGGCCACACCGCCGUCUUCACCAUGAGGGAGGGAAACGUUCAAAGCUCGAAGCGCUGCUUUGAGCCGACCCAGAGCAGCAUCAAGGUGAUGGGCUUCAACUACGCCCGCUUUGUGAUCGGCUUCCUGCUGCCGCUGCUGCUGCUGGCGGUCACCAACCGCCGCGUCUUAACCAAUGUCCAGCGCAGCACGGGCCUCCACGGCGACCAGAAGCGGCGGGUCCGGCGGCUGGCGGUGGCUGUGGUGCUGCUGUUCCUGGUCUGCUUCGCGCCGUACCACCUGAUCCUGCUGGCCCGGGCCGUCAUCACCCAGUUCCCCCAGCUGGUGGGCACGCCCUGCCUGUUUGAGGAGACCAUGUACUCGUCCUACACCAUCUCCCUCGGCCUGUCCACCAUCAACAGCGCCGUCAACCCCAUUCUCUACGUCCUGUCCAGCAACAACAUCCGCAAGGAGUGCCGCCGCGGACUCACGCAGAUCUGCGUGUCGGCGUGCCACGGACCGUCGACCAACAGCAGCCAAAUCAAAUCCUUGGAGCUGAAUGCUGGAACCGAUACCGAGAGACAUCCGGUUGGAACAGAAGAAACCUUAGAGACCAGAUAGAAACGGUUCCUGGCUGGACUGCUGAGUCCACAGGGUCUCUGCAGUCUAAAGGUUCACACCGGUCCUGUUCAGGCCGCUUUAACCCGACUCCAGUCCGUUUGUCAAGAAAGUCCGGUUCGGUUGGUGAAGUGUGAACGCUAACUGAUCUCGCUAACUGGGUUCUGUUGAAGUGAAUUCUGGUUCGGUUUGAAUGUGAACACCAAGCGGACCAGAGAGCGCUCCAAAAGCAGGAAGUGGACUACAGCGCAGGGCAUUCUGGGCAAAUACAACCUGCUAGCCUAGUAGCGCUAGCAGCAAAAAUGGCUCCUGACUAAAGAGAAAUCCUCCAGCCGCUAAAAUCUGACGCCUCCAUCUUGUUUCCAUCUGGUGAAACAGGAAGUUG